CACAAGAAAAAAAAAAAAAUAGAAUACACCCAAAAAACUAGCCGUUACCACUCUCACUCACUCCCUAUUCUCUCUCUCUCCCUACAAAACCUCAACAAGCUUCCUUCUUUCAAUCCAUUUUCACUAUUCUUCUUCUUGUUCUUCUUGUUCUUCUUCUCAAAAUGAUGCUUGUUUUGAUGUUCAUUAUUAUCAUGCUCACUGGCACUGCCUCAAGUGAGCACUGGGAUGGAGUUAUCAUUGCUCAAGAAGACUAUCAAGGUUUGCAAGCAUUCAAGCAUUCAUUGGAUGAUCCUAAUGGCUUCUUGAGAAGCUGGAAUGGCACUGGCCUUGAUGCUUGCUCUGGAGCUUGGCAAGGUAUCAAGUGUGUUCGAGGAAAAGUCAUUGCUAUUCAGCUCCCUUGGCGUGGCCUCGGCGGCCAUAUCACUGAAAAGAUCGGCCAGCUCACUGCUCUUCGCAAGCUUAGCCUUCAUGACAACUCCAUUGGUGGACAAAUCCCUCAAGCUCUCGGCUUUCUUCAUGAUCUCAGAGGUGUUUAUCUCUUCAACAACCGGUUCUCUGGUUCGAUACCGAUCUCCAUCGGUAAUUGUCUUGCUCUUCAGACUCUUGAUCUUAGUAACAACUCUCUUACUGGAACUAUUCCUUCAUCUAUUUCCAAUUCUAGUAAGCUUUACAGGCUCAAUCUUAGUUAUAACAACCUUUCUGGAUUGAUUCCUGUCAGCAUUGCUAGUAGUAUUUCACUCACUUUCUUUCAUCUUCAUCACAAUAAUCUCACUGGUUCUAUUCCUGAGUUUAAAUCAAUGUUUCAUCUUCAAAGUUUGAGUCUUGAUCACAAUGCCAUUUCUGGUAGCAUUCCCAAGUCUCUUGGCAGGCUUUCGAUGCUUCAAGAGAUUAAUCUUAGUAACAAUCAGAUCAAUGGAAGCUUGCCUGAUGAAUUUGGGAAUCUUGGAAAGCUCCAAACUCUUGAUUUGUCUGAGAAUUCCAUUGGAGGAAGCUUCCCUGCUUCUUUGUGUGAUCUGUCUUCAUUGGUUCAGCUCAAUCUUAAUGGCAAUGAAAUUGAUAAUGAAAUACCGGAAGCCAUUGAUGGCCUCAAGAAUAUCUCUGUACUCUCACUGAAGCACAACAGAUUCAAUGGACCAAUCCCGGAAAGUCUUGGAAACAUAUCUGGUCUUUCUCAGCUUGAUUUAUCCGAGAACAAUCUCACGGGGAAAAUCCCGAUCUCUCUUGUUCGUCUUGUGAAUCUAUCUUCUUUCAAUGUAUCGAAUAACAACCUCUCCGGACAAGUUCCUUUACUGCUCUCGGAAAAGUUCAAUUCUAGUUCUUUCAGAGGCAACAUUCAGCUCUGUGGUUACAGUGUUUCUGUACCAUGUCCUUCUCCGUCUCCUUCAAAUAACACUCCUCCUGUUCCUCCUGGAAAAUCACGAAACCGGAAAUUGAGUGCCAAGGACAUUAUUCUAAUUGUUGCCGGUAUAAUCCUCGCACUUUUGCUCCUACUAUGUUGUUUCCUGCUGUGUUGUUUGCUGAAGAAAAGAUCGACAUUGAGCAAAAAAAGCACUGCAUCAGCAGCGGCUGCCGCAGCUGCUGCAAGAGGUGAAAAACCAUCUCCGGCAGCAGCAACUGAAGUGGAGUCUGGAGGAGACACAGGCGGAAAAUUAGUGCACUUUGACGGGCCUCUAGCAUUCACUGCCGACGAUCUCUUGUGUGCCACCGCAGAGAUCAUGGGAAAAAGUACUUACGGAACUGUGUACAAGGCAACAUUAGAAGAUGGCAGUCAAGUUGCAGUAAAGAGAUUGAGGGAGAAGAUAGCCAAAGGACAAAAAGAGUUUGAGACAGAAGUUAGCAUGCUUGGAAAAAUUCGGCAUCCGAAUCUAUUGGCUCUUCGAGCUUAUUACUUAGGUCCGAAAAGGAGAGAAACUUUGGUCUUUGAUUACAUGCCUAAAGGAAGUCUUGCAGCUUUCCUUCAUGCUCGUGGUCCUGACACAGCGAUAGACUGGCCGAUAAGGAUGAAGAUAGCGAUGGGCAUUGCACAUGGCCUUCGAUAUCUUCACAAUGACUUAAACAUGGUCCAUGGCAACCUAACAAGCGGCAACGUCCUUCUAGACGAGAAUACAAAUGCUAAGAUCUCUGAUUUCAGUCUCUCUCGCCUAAUGACAACCGCGGCCAACUCCAAUGUGAUUGCAACAGCCGGCGCGCUUGGCUACCGUGCUCCAGAGCUGUCAAAGCUGAAGAAGGCAAACACAAAGACCGAUGUUUAUAGUCUUGGGGUGAUCAUACUCGAAUUACUGACAGGAAAGUCCCCUGGAGAGGCAAUGAAUGGUGUGGAUUUACCGCAGUGGGUGGCAUCGAUAGUGAAAGAAGAGUGGACAAAUGAAGUGUUUGAUUUAGAGCUGAUGCGGGAUGCGGCAGGGGACACAGGCGAUGAACUACUCAACACACUGAAGCUUGCAUUGCAUUGUGUCGAUCCGUCGCCUGCAGCCCGACCGGAGGUUCAACAAGUCCUGCAACAACUGGAGGAGAUCAAGCCAGAGUUGGCCAUUGCUGCUGGCUCGACGGAGGAAGUCGGUAGUAGUGGCACUGCAGUUGCAGAAGCUAAGGUAGUUGAAAGUGAGAAGUAGUAAGUAGUGUGGUGGUGGUAGUGAUUUCUAGUUGUUAGGAUUAUAAGCUGAAUUCUUUGGUUCCUAAAAGUUUUGUAUGCCCUGUGAUGUCUGUACAUAAUAUUUCUAGUUAAUUA